UCAUCUAUCUCUUAGCCCCUGGACCCAGUUAUGUCCAGAGAAAGGAAGUUUAAUGAUAGCCCAAAAAAGUGCUAUCUUUUUUUUUUUUUUUUUUGAGUGGGGUUAGAUUUUUUCUUCCAGUCUAUUUUGUUCUUCCAAGACUGACAGUGGAAAUCCCUCUCUAGUAGCUGCCCUGUGCCUGUGGCUUCCAACAUGCCUUUCCCCUGGGGACUGUGCCUGGUGUACAAGAAUUGGGCAGGACCCAUCAGAAAGAAAAUCCUGCUGCCGUUAUUGGGCUCUUCCACCCGAUAUCUGAUGCUCAGCGCACAGAAGAGAACUUCAGAUUUCAAUAGCUUUGCUGUCCGGACUAACACUUGUGGAGAAUUGCGUUCCUCUCACUUGGGACAAGAGGUUACUUUGUGUGGAUGGAUUCAGUACAGAAGGCAAAGCCUUUUCCUGAUUCUGAGAGAUUUCCACGGGCUCAUUCAAGUCGUCAUUCCCCAAGAUGAGUCAGCUGCCUCCGUGAAGAAGCUCUUAUGUGAAGCUCCCAUAGAAUCUGUUGUCCAGCUGACUGGAACUGUUAUCUCUCGGCCUCCAGGGCAAGAAAAUCCAAAAAUGCCAACAGGUGAGAUUGAAAUCAAAGUGAAAACAGCUGAACUUUUGAAUUCCUGCAAGAAGCUGCCCUUUGAAAUUAAGGACUUUAUGAAGAAAACAGAAGCUCUUCGAAUGAAGUUUCGCUACUUAGACUUACGUAGUUCCCAAAUGCAGUAUAAUCUAAGACUGAGAUCCCAGAUGGUCAUGAAAAUGCGGGAAUACCUCUGUAAUCUGCAUGGAUUUGUGGAUAUAGAAACACCAACAUUAUUUAAGAAAACUCCAGGGGGUGCAAAAGAAUUUGUGGUGCCAUCAAGGGAACCUGGAAAGUUUUAUUCUCUUCCUCAGAGUCCUCAGCAAUUCAAGCAGCUUUUGAUGGUUGGAGGUUUUGACCGAUACUUCCAAGUUGCCCGUUGUUAUCGAGAUGAAGGUUCUAAGCCAGAAAGGCAACCUGAAUUUACCCAGAUUGACAUAGAGAUGUCUUUUGUAGACCAGGCUGGCAUCCAGAAAUUAGUCGAAGGUUUGCUUCAGUAUUCAUGGCCUAAGGACAAAAAUCCUCUUACUAUUCCUUUCCCAUCUAUGACUUACACUGAAGCUUUGGACUUCUAUGGGACUGAUAAACCAGAUACUCGCUUUGGAAUGAAGAUUGUUGAUGUCAGUGACAUAUUUAGGAAUACAAAGAUUGAAUUUCUUCAAGAUAUGCUUAAGGAGCCCCAAGGUGCCAUCAAAACCGUCUGUAUUCCUGGAGGAGCAAAAUAUUUAAAGAAUAAAGACUUUGAGACCAUUAAGGAAUUUGCUGUUAAUCAUUUUAAUCAGGAAGUUUCACCCUUAUUUCUGAAGACCAGUGGAAGCAGAAAGUGUCCACUUACUAAGCUCUUAAAAGAAGAGGAGAAAUCAGCCCUAAUCAGUCUGCUGAGGGUCCAGGAGGAAGACGUGGUCCUGUUAACUGCUGGAGAGCACCACAAGGCGUGUUCUGUAUUGGGAAAAUUACGCCUGGAAUGUGCUGACCUUCUAGAAGCCAGAGGAGUAGUGCUUCGUGACCCAGCUGCAUUCCACUUCCUUUGGGUGGUGGAAUUUCCACUCUUCCUUCCUAAGGAGGAGGACCCCAGAGAACUAGAGUCAGCCCACCAUCCAUUUACUGCUCCUCACCCCAGCGAUGUCCACCUCCUCUACACUGAGCCAGAAAAGGUUCGAAGCCAGCACUAUGACUUGGUGCUGAAUGGCAGUGAGAUAGGAGGUGGCUCUAUCCGAAUUCACAAGGCAGAGCAGCAGCAGUAUGUCCUGGAGGCAGUGUUAAAGGAGGAUGUUAAACUGCUUUCUCACCUACUCCAAGCUUUAGAUUUUGGAGCACCCCCCCAUGGAGGAAUUGCUUUAGGACUAGACAGGCUUGUGUGCCUCAUCACUGGGUCUCCAAGUAUAAGAGAUGUCAUUGCUUUUCCAAAGACCUUCCGGGGACAUGACCUUAUGAGCAAUGCCCCAGAUUACUUGUCUCCUGAAGACAUAGAGCCCUACCAUAUCCAGGUCAAGAGGGCAGAAGACACAGGCAGAACAGAUGUCCAAUCUGUCGUUUGUGAAGCCCAGUCUUCACAACGAUUGAUCCUUCCAAGCCUCACAAAGACUGAGAAUCCCUUCGAGAACCUGGCCUUAGACCAAACUCCUGAGCUUUUGGAUAGAAGGAAAUCUAGCAAAAACCCAGAGAACAAAUGAUGAAGAAAUGGAACAGAGGGAAGGCAUCUCAUUUUCUCUCCGUAACAGAACACAUCUGAUAUCACAGACUGAAAGAUCCCGAGCUUCUUGGAUGGCAAGGAUGGGUGAGACAGGCUCUUCUCUGAGAUCGAGCAUCGCUUCACACUCACCAGGGCACCAGGGACUGUCCACUAGUGCGUCUCUUGGAGUAGAAAUGAUCAAAAUUGUGUCAGGGGGAGUGCUAGUCUGCAAACAUCCUGUGUGAUUAUAGGGUCAGAACAGUUUAGUCUUCUUAUCACCGGGGGAGAACCAACUAAAUUGUAGCUCUUUAACUUCCGUUGUCUGGAAGGAGACUGAAUGCCAGCUCUAAGUCCCAGCCUUGGCUUCAUUGGCUAUGCAUCUGUUAGGUGCUUUUAUUAACUACAAACCAUAAACAGAGAGGCAGCUAAUAAGUUGUGUAUUAUGGCGAAAGCCCAAGCAAAGACUAAUGUCAAGUGUUUUAGAAAUGAGCUAUUUACAUGAUUUUAAAGAAUAAUUUAAUACAUAAAGGUGACCCUUUUCCCUCAUUAGAAGCACUAGUAUAUGAUAAUACUAACUAAGAUAUGUUUGGCAUAGUGAAAAGAGCAUGAGUUUCAAAUUCUGACUGCCACAUUGCCUGUGUGAUCUUGAGUAAAUCAUUUAACCCCUCUGACACUCAGUUAUAAUUCCUCAAUUACCCAUUUCAGCAGAAUGUUGGAAGGAAUAUCUUAUGACCUAUAAAGAACUAUAUAAAUGAUACUAGUGAAACAGAAGGUUAGUUCAAUUAGUCAAUGAUGAGAGUUGACAAUAGACAUACAAACAGGAAUCUGAUUAAUUAUACUUCCCUGAUUUAUAAUGGGUUAUAUAUAUUUGAUCCAGAAUUUUAAAAUAGUUUGAUGUAGCUGGCUGUUCCUUAGGUUACAGGUGAGAUAAAUAAAUUCUGGGCCCUAUGAUCUAGUGAGCAAAAAAAUUUUUUUUGUAAAUAAAAGUUGUCUUCA